AUAAUAAAGUAAUUAUUAUACUAGGAGAGGUCAGUGGUCAAAUUGGCUUUAUUUUUGACUAUAUAUACUGGAGUGGAAUGGUUUUGCUAUUAGUUAAUGUUAUCGUAUGUUACGUUAUGUCCCAACAAAACUCUUCGUCCAACUCAAGAGCCACCACUACCCAACAAACUCUCGACACGCCGCACAACACACACAAACCAUAACCAGAUUCAGAAUCCAAAGGCUCCUCUUAACAAACUCACUCGAUUUUGAUUUUGAUUUUGAUUUUGAACAAGAUAAUACAGUAUUAUUAAUACGGCUAACCCCCCCUCCCCAUUUCUAUGCCUCUUUGACACGUAUUUAUAAUUCUUUCCUCUGUUUUUUUUCUUUCUUUUUUUUUUUUCUUUUGCAUCUCUUUGUCUUGUUUUUCGUCGCAAUGGAUUGUUGGUCUCCUUCUUUAACGGUGGAUGAAGAGUUUGAGAAGCUUGUGAUUCGAAUGAACCCUCCAAGGGUUACAGUUGAUAAUGCCACAAGCAGAAAAGCAACUUUAAUUAAGGUUGAUAGUGCUAAUAAGAGAGGAAGUCUGCUAGAGGUGGUUCAGGUUUUGACGGAUUUGGAUCUUAUAAUUCGACGAGCUUACAUUGCUUCAGAUGGGGAGUGGUUCAUGGAUGUGUUUCAUGUGACAGAUCAGCGUGGCGAUAAGCUAUCUGAAGUUGAUGUGGCUGAAAGAAUUCAGCAGCAACUGGGACCAAGAGAAUACAGCUUCCGGUCCUUGACAAGAUCUGUUGGUGUUCAAGCUGCCUUAGAACACACAACUAUUGAAUUGACUGGGAGAGACCGACCAGGCUUGCUCUCAGAGGUUUUUGCUGUUUUGACUGACCUAAAAUGUAAUGUGGUGGCUGCUGAAGUGUGGACCCAUAAUUCAAGAAUGGCAUCUGUUGUUUACAUUACUGAUGAGGCUACUGGAUCAUCAAUUGACAAUCCUGAAAGACUAACAAAGAUCAAGCAGCUUCUCCUCUAUGUUCUGAAAGGGGAUAGAGAUAAGAGGACUGCUAAUACCGCUGUUUCUGUCGGCUCUACACAUAAGGAAAGGAGGCUGCAUCAGAUGAUGUAUGCUGAUCGUGACUAUGAUAUGAUUGAUGCUAAGAGUAGAUCAACAAGUGAUAGGUGCAAACCUCUGGUAACUGUGGAAAAUUGUGCAGAUAAGGGGUACACUGUUGUGAACUUGAGGUGCCCCGAUCGGCCUAAGUUACUCUUUGAUACAGUUUGCACAUUGACAGAUAUGCAGUAUGUGGUAUACCAUGCGACUGUCAUAGCAGAAGGACCAGAGGCUUAUCAGGAAUACUAUAUCAGGCACAUAGAUGGUUGCCCUAUUAGUUCAGAAGCAGAGAGACAGAGGGUAAUUCAUUGUUUGGAGGCUGCUAUUAAGAGGAGAGCUUCCGAGGGCAUAAGACUGGAACUUUGUAGUGAAGACAGGGUAGGCCUUUUGUCUGAUGUUACUCGUAUAUUUAGAGAAAAUGGUCUUUCAGUCACUCGAGCAGAGGUUACGACCAGGGGUUCCCAAGCUGUCAAUGCUUUUUAUGUGACUGAUACAUCAGGAAAUCCAGUGAAAAGUGAAAUAAUUGAAGCAGUUCGGAAAGAGAUUGGCCUUACUAUACUUCACGUCAAGGAUGAUGCUUACUCAAAAUCUCCACCUCAUGAGAGUGGAAGAUUCUCUUUGGGUACUCUGUUCAAAUCUAGAUCGGAGAAGUUUCUCUACAACCUGGGCUUGAUAAAGUCAUGUUCUUGAGCGUUCACCGGGUUAUUCUUCUUAGUGUAUGUAAAUGUUGAUAUAGUUUGUCUUAACAGUAGGCUAUGUCUCAGAAAUACAUUUCAAAGUUUUAGUCCAACCCUGUGUAGAUCUUGGAUUCAGGUAUUAGACUAGCCAUUUCAGCUUGUAAAGCUCAUGUAAAUAUAUUUCCCUACCAUGGUCUUGAAGAGUACUGUAAAUACACAUAUCUCACUUUUUUUUACUUUAAAAUCUUCAAAAUAUUGAUUAUCAUUUUCCGAUAAUAUAGUAUUUUCUUUGACAGACAAAAAAAUUCUACAAAAUAACAGUAGCUUAUCAUUUGAAUGUUUUUGAGGUAAGCUGGGCUGGGAUGGAGGUCCUCCUCGGGCACUUAUAAGGUAGCGUGAUGGGUUCCCAAGGGACACAAAGGCAAUGAUUGAAUGGAUGAAUGUGAAAUGAGAUUGCUCAAGGCACUUCGGCUUCAUGGCUUCAAUUGCAACCAAAAUUUUGUACACAUAUGGCCCUUUGUCACAACUCAU